GUAGUAUUAAACAAACCGCUGCGUCGCAUUGAUCAUAAUUAUAUAUGUACAAGUAAAAAAGCCACAAAUAUGAGUAUUUUGAGACUGGUGCUGCAAUUCCUGCUCUUCAGUUUGGUGCUGGUUUCGGGAAAGUUUCUCUAUCACCGGAGCUACAAAUACUCCCCGGAGCUGAUAGCCGAACUGAAAGACUUUGAGAAGCUGAUUCCCACGGUUACCAUCGACGAAGUAGUCGCCGAGCAUAUGAUUACGGAUUCCGGAUUCCGUAAGGCCAUUAAGUUUUUGCGCAGCUCCGAUUUCAAGACGCUGCAGCAGCGCAUUGAGUCUCUGCCAGAAGUUGUGGAUCUAAUUAAUUUCGUGCACCUCAAUGAUACGACCCAAGAAACAGUGGAGAAGUAUUGGUAUCGUAAUAACACAUAUAACAGGCUUCGCAGGUCGGCUUAUCUUAGGGAGCAGAUUGUUUUGGUGCUACUCGAAUCGAGUUCAGAGUUCACACAGUUGAGUUCGUUCACCAGUUUCGUGCGUGAAAUACUAACGCAUUUGCCCCGUGAUCGAUUUGUGGCCCUGAUCAAUGAAAAGCGGCAGAAGAGUGCCUUGUUCGCCAAGUUCUAUCAGGCACUGAAAAGUGCAGAGUUCAAGGCGAAAUCCGAAGCGGCAUGGAAAACCAGCAAUGUACAGAGCGUUGUUCAAGAACUUUCGCGACACGCAAUCGAUGCCCAGGAUCUGAAAACCAUAGGUUACGAAGUCAUCUCUUGGGGUCCGAACACAUUGUGAGAAAUUCCCUUCGAGUUAAGGCCAAUAAAAUGUUGCGGUGAAGCUAAUACG